UGAGCAGACACUGAAUUCGCAAGGUGGUUAUUGGUGUUGAAUUUCAUCUGGUCAAGUCUUCUCCACUUCGAGUCUGCAGUGCCAUCGUAUGUGAGUCGGAGAGCCGGAAAAACGCUUCGCCUGUGCGAUCCCGGGAGAAGAGCCGAACUCCACAAGUAACCUCCGCUUUUUGAUCCGUUAUCCGGACGAGCUCCCGGUAUCACCCUUCCGGAAUCCCUUUCAUCAAUGUCAAUACAUCUUUGAACUUCAUUUGAUCUGCAGUUUGGAAUUUGGAUGACCAAACUCUCGGUCGGCUGCAUUUCGAACUGCCAGCCCGGAAACGCCCAAGGAAAAGUGUAGUAAGCAAAGAGAACAGCAAAGGAAGAUCAGCACAAAGAAGUUUUAGGCGUCCCAAAGCCAUGGCGGGGAACGGGCCCGGCAUGCUGUACGUCACGAUGCAACCCCGCGAGGGGUUGUCGUUGGACCAGUUCCACGAAUGGUACAACAACGAGCACGGCCCGACACGUUUGCGCCUUCCGCACAUCUUCACCAACGGCCUGAGGUAUCGCGCCACGGAUGGCCAGCAACCGCAUUUCCUAGCCGUCUAUGAUGUGACGUCCAUGUCACAUCUCGAGACUCCCACAUACACGGAACUGCGCGCAAACCGCUCUACCCGCGAGGCUGCUACCAUCGGCCAAGUCGAUGUCGACCGCAGGUUCCUCGAUCUCGUCGCCGCUCAGGAGAGUCCCUUGUUUGCGCCUAUCGAGAAGCUAACUGAUGCCGAGGCGGAGGGGAUCGUCCUGGUGUCGGUCAAGGUGUCGCUUAAGCCGGGAGUUGAGGGUGCGGAGGAGGCCGUCACAAAGUGGUACAGGGAGGAACAUAUUCCAAUGCUCGCCAAGAUCCCGGGAUGGCUUCGCAGUCGCGUCUUCCGCGCCCCUUCGGCCAUCGAAGGCGCGGGCAGCCCGGUCGAGAUUGUAACCCUGCACGAGUACGCAAAGGUCAACGGCCUCGAUGGACCAGAGCACAAGGCAGCAAUGAACACGCCCUGGCGUGACGACAUAUUUGCAAAGUACAUUGCUCAGAAAAGCCGCCGUACGUAUGAGCUAUUUUACGUUUUCAGUCCGGCGCCGAGGGACUUGGAGCAUUUGUCGAGACUUCCGCAGACGGCCGCAUUCAGGACAGCCGACGGAAAAAUUGCUACCACUCCUGGCCAAAAAGACGCGGCAAUCGACGCGUAUGUCACGACUGCCGAUGUUUUAACUAUUCCCUACCGGCUGGAGGGCAAUCCAUCUCCCACAGCCCCGACGGUGGCCUUUUCCAACUCCCUUCUUACAUCUCUCCACAUGUGGGACCCCUUAGUAGCAAUCAUCAAGACAGAACGUCCCGAUCUACGUAUCCUUCGCUACGACACACGCGGGCGGUACGACGUUCCCUCUCCGCCCGUCCCAGCAAAUCUAGACAUGUUGAGCGACGAUCUGGCGACGCUGCUCACGGCCCUGCGCAUUCCAAAGUUACACGCCAUGGUGGGCGUCUCGAUGGGCGGUGCCACGACUCUCAAGUUUGCGCUCAAGUAUCCGGAGCUGGUGGAAAAGUUUGUCGCAUGCGACUUCAACGUGGCGUCCAGCGAUGCGAACACCGCGGCCUGGAAGGAGCGUAUUGCGGUGGCUCAAGGCCCGGACGGCGGGAUCCGGAAGCUCGCCGGUUUGACAGUCGAAAGAUGGUUCCAUCCCCAUACGAUGACCGAGAAGAAGGAUGUUGCCGAGUGGAUGACAGAGAUGGUAGCCGCGAACAGUGUUCAGGGGUUCAGAUAUUCCUGCCAAGCGUUGUGGAAUUAUAAUAUGCGGGAGGAGAUGAAGAACAGUACGGUCCGGGGCUUGUUUGUUGUCGGUGAGGGCGAUGGUAAGGGUGCCCUCGUCAAAGCUAUGGACGGGUUUAAGGGGUUGCUCGGCCAGAACGGUUGCGAGCUCAAGAUCGUCCCCCUUGCCGGUCACCUCCCUAUGUCGGAAGCGCCGAGGGAAUUUUGGGAGGCCAUUGCGAGUUUCAUAUAAGGACCUCCGAGACGUACCAGACACUGAGUUACCACUUGACGACCUAAGAUAUCUUGGUAAUACAAUCCUGGUUAUCAAGAUGCCGUGGACUCCAUAGGCGUCAUCUAUUACCAUUACUUCAAGUUUAAAACUGCUACUAUCUAUGUACACUGCUCGUCUGCGGGUUAUCCGACAACUCUCCGUCAAACAAGGCCUGUUUAUCGUCCUCUUGAUGAACAGGGGGUGCCACAGAAAUGUCGCCUCUCAUAAUUUCAAUGACAGAGAUUAGGGGCAGGAGGAGCAUAAGCAUGGAGAGCAGUUGCCCAAAGCUCCAUUGCUUCUCCCCAUCGUCGCUAAGUUUGACAUCGGGAUUGCCAAACGCCUGGGAAAGCAGAUAGGCACGAGUGGUGGCUC